AUGCACGUAUCUACCUUUCUUGCUACGGGCGCGGCACUCACUGCCUCCGCAGCUGCCCUGCCAGCAGAACUUGACACUCGCCAGAACAGCUGCUCUGCCUACACCAUCAUCAACACUCGCGGCACUGGCGAAGCCCAGGGACCAUCUUCAGGCUUCCGGACCAUGAACUCCAAAAUCCAGCGCGAAGUCUCUGGUGGUACCAUUUACAACACCGUCUAUGUAGCCGGCGCCAGCCAGAACUCUGCCGCUGGCUCUCGUGAUAUCAUCAACCAGAUCAACACAAUCCUCGGCCGCAACCCGAAUGCUUGUAUCGUGCUGGAAGGAUAUUCGCAGGGUGCCGCUGCCACGACCAAUGCCCUUCCAGAUAUCACCGGAUCUGCCUUCAAUGUCGUCAAGGCUGUGUUCUUGAUCGGCAACCCUCUCCACCAGAGCGGUCUUGGAUGCAACGUGGACCAGAACGGAGGCACUACUACACGAAACGUCCGUGGCAUUUCUGCCGGUCUUGGUGGGCGGAUUCCGGAGAACUGGGUUAGCAAGACGCUUGACGUCUGCAAUUUCGGCGACGGUGUCUGCGAUACGACCAACGGACGUGGCAUCAAUUCUGCGCAUCUCGCCUACCCUCGCCUUAGCAGCGUCCAGGAUCUUGGCACCGAUUUUGUUGUUGGCGCAUUGCAACGUGGUACUGCUGGUGGCUCGACUGGCGGUACACCUGUGCCGGCACAGUGCCCUUACAAGUACUUGACUUACCUGUGUCCGUACUGGGAGGCGAGACAGUAA